AUGCGCCUCCUCUCCUUGGUGUCGGCGGCGGCCUACGCUGUUGCGUCUGUUACGGCGUCGAGCGUGACCGCGGCAAGUGCAUGCACACAGAUCGCAGCGGCGGUCUCUUCUGCUUCUGACGUGUACUACUUGGGCUCGCUGCACUACGCUAAGGACGUCUAUCACUGGGCCAGUUCAAGCUCUCAGAACUCCGCUUGCUCUUUCGAGCCCGGUACACCUGAGGAUGUAGGCAUCGCACUCCAGAUCAUUGCGAACACCAGCACACCGUUCGCGGUCAAAGGCGGUGGUCAUGCUUCGAACCCUGGCUUCUCCUCGUCGACUGGCGUUACCAUCGCGAUGUACCGCUUUAGCCAAGUAACAUACGAUGCGAGCUCCGAGACUGCGGUCAUCGGCACGGGCCUCAUCUGGGACGAUGUGUACACCGCUUUGGAGCCAUACAAUGUGAACGUUGUCGGAGGCAGAGUGACGGGUGUCGGUGUGGCUGGGUUCACCCUCGGUGGAGGCUACUCGUGGCUGACGAACCAAUAUGGAUUGACCAUCGACACUGUUGUGUCAUAUGAGCUGGUUAUGCCGAACGGGACUGUCACCACUGUGACCGAAGCAUCAAACCCAGAACUGUUCUUUGGUCUCAGAGGCGGUCUGAACAACUUUGGCAUAGUGACCAGCUUCACGCUCAAGACCGUCCCUCAAGGUCAAGUCUGGGGGGGUUUGAUCACCUUCACCGAGAACGUGCUUGACCAGGUCAACCAGGCGACCGCGGACUUCCAAGGAAAUAACACCGACCCCAAGGCUACGCUCAUCACCACCUACAACUUCCUCCUGGGCGAGCCUGGAGUUUCUCAGAUCCUGUUCUACGACGGCCCAUCCCCUCCCACUGGACUCUUUGACGAGUUCCUUGCCAUUCCUUACCUCACCAAAGAUAUCUCGACUCGAUCCUUCCUCUCUCUCGUUCAGGCCUCGCCUGCUAAUGUCACUGCUUCAACUCGCGCUUUCUUCAACACUGUCUCCGUGACAGGAUAUCCGCUUGAGCUGGUUCAGGACGUCCUGAACGAAACGAUCUACUACGGCUCGACCCUCCAAUGGAUCUCGGGCGUCUUCAUCUCCUACGACGUCGAAGCCUUCCUCCCCUCCCUCUUCUCACACGGCUCCAACUCCGCCUACCCUCCCGACCGCUCGCAGGGCCUCCUCCCGCUCAACAUCUACUACGCAUGGGAGCUCCCAACCGCAGACGCGGACAUGCACACGGCCAUCAUCCAGUCGCAGGCCACGCUCAAGGCCAAAGCGGAGGCGCUCGGCCAGAACAUCAGCAAUGCGGCCUUGUAUAACAACUAUGCGGUGUACGAUACGACGAUUGAGGAGAUCUAUGGGGACAACGUGCCCAGGUUACAGGCGCUCAAAGCCCAAAUUGAUCCGAACAACGUUAUGGGUCUUGCUGGAGGGUUCAAGUUCUAA